AUGAAGGAGGUGCUUCGGGAUGCGAGCCCACCAAGGAUUGAGGCAGGUCAAGAAGACAUUGAGCUUGCCUCAGUGUCCGGUCGGGCUCAACACCAUGAAGAGCACUUCGACCUCCUGUCUAGCUUUAGCGACUUCCCGAAGUACUCGUCGCCGAAACGGCGAUCGCUGAGUCCCUGCAAGCGGCCCUGCAGGAGCGUGCCGCCAAGCGGCUGA